GUUCACUACAGGAUAUUGAAUGUUGUUUUAAUGCUCGGCAUUUUGGCGGCACACUAACCUCGUGUUCAUCGGGUGACUGAUCAAGAUGCCUGCAGGGAAGCCAUCAGGUCUUAAGACUGCCCGCAAACUUCGAGAUCACCGCCGAACUCAAAGAUGGUCAGACAAGGCGUACAAGAAAGCCCAUCUUGGGACUAGAUGGAAAGCUAAUCCAUUUAAAGGUGCCUCGCAUGCCAAAGGUGUUGUGCUUGAAAAGGUCGGUGUUGAGGCAAAACAACCUAAUUCCGCUGUACGCAAAUGCGUGCGUGUACAGCUAUUGAAGAAUGGAAAGAAAAUCACAGCUUUCGUCCCCAACGAUGGUUGUCUCAACUUCAUUGAAGAGAACGACGAGGUUUUGGUUUCCGGUUUCGGUCGAAAGGGUCAUGCCGUUGGUGAUAUCCCAGGUGUCCGAUUCAAAAUUGUCAAAGUUGCAGGUGUCUCUUUGAAAGCAUUGUAUACUCACAAGAAGGAAAGGCCUAGAGCCUAAUAUGUUUUAGUAAUAUACUUUACUCUGAGGAAAAUUUUUUCAAUACGAAUGUACUCGUUAGAUGUUGCACUGUGAAUCCUAUGUAAGUCGUCUAAUAUCAUUUGGACUGUGUCAAGCAUCUGCUUUCAUAACAUAUACGUAUAAUGCCCGGAGUCCUGUUUAUUGGAAUUCAUUUCUGGUUGGUUUAAAUAUGUACCUGAUAUGAUAUGUUAGUUAGUGCGAAUUGUGCGGGUUCAAUAUCCGUCCAACAUAUGCCUUGACAUCUGAAACUUGUCACUUGAACUCCAUUAUCCUUCGAUAUUGCGAAAGUCCUGUUGUCACCAUG